CAUCUUUGCGUUCACAUAAGCAACCGCUUUGCUCUCUUUAGUACAUCCCUUCCUUUUUGCUCCAUCUGAUUAGCUCUCAUUUUCUUCGCUAAUAUCUUCCCAAAGAAACUCACACAGCAAAUAAGCUCUUAUUACAACACUCAAGGAUUAAAAUGUCCUUAUUCAACAAGCUUUUGGAUAAAACAAUCCACAAGUAUGGACACAACCAUGGCCAUGGCCAUGGUCAUGGUCAUGGCAAUACCAUGGAUAGGGAUCAUGGAGCAUCUGUCGAUACAAAUGAUUUUGGACAUGACGAGCAGCCUCAAUAUGAGGCACGAUCGACGUCGUCCUCAACCCACAUGAAUACCGUUCCUGCUGCCACCACCUUGAAAGGGCCGGUUAAUUAUGCCAAUGGCACAACCACGAUCAACCACAGCAGCAACAUUGGCAUCGGUAAUGAUGCCUAUACAGGCAAGCCUGGACAAGGAUACAAUAGCAAUGGCCACGGAGACACAGGCUCUGGGUAUAUACAAAGCUGUCGAACCUCGAACACGUUUCCGGUAACUGACUACAGCACCCACUUCAACGGCUACGGAUACAACCACGGCGAUUCUUUUGUCCAGCCUACAGUAGAGCCCACUUUAGAACAAGUCAGCCUCAAAGAGAACAGUGUGCCAUCUCUUUCAAGUACAUUUGGAAACAAAACUACAUCCUCAUUUCAACCAUCGUUGACAGUACAGCAACAAGUGCCCGCUACGACUGUUCAAAGUCCUGAGGGGAAUAACAUAUCUCUCGACCAAUUGCAGCUUCACUCGCCAAAGUCAUCCUCACCGUCGCCAUCGCAGCCUCAGUUCCAGACACUCUUACCACACUCCCAGUCUCCGCAGACAGAGCAGCAGCAACAGCUUCAGCAAAGUGGUGGUAUUCCCUCAGCUAGCAUGCAAUCGGUUGAAAUGGUCUCUGUAGAUACCAAUUUGCCUGAAAAUCAACAGCUGGAGCAACAACAGCAAGAGCAAGAGCAACGCCAGCAGAAGCAACAGCAGCAGCAGCAACAACAGCAACAACAGCAGCAGCAGCAGCAGCAGCAAGCACAGCUUCUGAUUCAGCAGGCGCAGGCACAGGUACAAGCGCAACAAGUUCCACAGAUUCAACAGCAACAGCAGCAACAGAGACAAACACAGCCUCAGCAACAAGCAACGCGUCGCAAGUUCAAUUUAGAUGACUUCAGGAUUCAUCGGACAUUGGGCACGGGAUCGUUUGGCCGUGUUCAUCUAGUCCAAUCGCGAUACAACUCUCGUUUUUAUGCAAUGAAAGUCCUUAAAAAGACCGAGGUUGUACGUUUGAAGCAAGUGGAGCACACCAACAACGAAAAGAUGAUCCUGGAACGGGUAGAGCAUCCAUUCCUGAUUAAUUUAUGGGGGACGUUUCAAGACACCCGGAAUCUGUAUAUGGUGAUGGACUACGUUGUUGGAGGCGAGUUGUUCUCGGUACUUAGGAAAUCACAGCGUUUCCCUGAACAUGUUGCUCGAUUCUACACGUGUGAAGUUCUUCUUGCACUGGAGUACCUUCAUUCUCACGCAGUCAUCUACCGUGAUCUUAAGCCUGAGAACUUGCUUUUGGAUUCGAUGGGCCAUAUCAAGAUUACAGAUUUUGGAUUUGCAAAACAUGUUCCUCAAAACAUGACAUGGACCUUGUGUGGCACACCCGACUACUUGGCGCCCGAGAUUAUUCAAUCCAAAGGAUAUGGGAAAGCUGUGGAUUGGUGGUCUAUGGGCGUGCUGAUGUUUGAAAUGUGUGCAGGAUAUCCACCCUUCUUUGAUGAGGACCAUAUCAAGCUCUAUGGCAAGAUCAUGGCAGGCAAGGUCAAGUACCCGUCACACUUCUCAUCAGCAUUAAAGGAUCUAUUGAAACGGCUGCUGACAGCUGAUCUAACGAAACGCUACGGAAACUUGAGAGGUGGAGCAACCGAUAUCAAGAACCAUCCGUGGUUUGAGGGUAUCAACUGGGACUUAGUAUACUCUCGGCAGAUUGAGGCUCCUUAUCGUCCAACCAUCUUGGGCGAAGGUGAUGCCAGCAAUUUUGAUGACUAUCCAGAGGAUGCAGAGCCUUAUGGUGUCUAUCCUCCUGGAGAGGUUGAUGACCUGGGAUCUUAUUUCCCGGGGUUUUGAAAGAAAGAAAAAAGAGUACUUUCUAUUUUAUUUUUACAAUCCAUUCUCCUUGUAUUUAUGUCUUUUCCCUUCCUGUUGUUCUAUGCUUAUUUGUUUGUUUUCAGUUGUGGUUGUGACAUCCUUGCAACUUGUAUCCUAAUACAUGAAAAUUUAAAAAAAAAUGAUGGGUGAGUUUUACUUGUCUAAAUUAUACAUACCAAUUAAGUAAAAAAAAAAGAUCGCAUUUACUCUGCUACACUGUCUAAUUGAAAGAAUCA